CUCACACUUUAAGUCUCUGAAGAAUGAAACUAUCACAUAAUUGAUGCAUAUGGACAGCCUGGAAUGCAAUUUUCAGCAUAUCAAGGAUGUUUUCUUCAAUUGAGAUUUAUGUAUUCCUGUUUGCAUAUUUCUGUUUUGCACCGUAUGAAAUUUUAUUGUUUUUUCUAAAUGAACUAAAGGCUCUCAUAUUGGAUAAUUUACAUCAGUUGGGCGCACCUUUCCAGGAGUUGGGUGUCUAUUGGAUGCAAAGAUCAUUACUAUUCUCACUAUAGUAGCCAUUGGCUACAAGAAUUCCAAACUUUUAGGGGUACUUUGGAAAUAUAAGAUCAAGAUGGGUGAUGACAAAUGGAGGUCAAUGUACCUGUCAUUCUACAACAAAAGCCAUGUUUUCAUCUACAACAUCUCCGGCUACUUUGACAGUGUCACAUCACCACCAAUUAGGGUUGAUCAGAUACAACAACCAUUACAACCAGAAGAAGAAGCUGAAACUGAGGAGAGUUCAUGGAACACACUUUUCCUUUCAUUUCACAAUCGCUCUCACGCAGCCAUCCAUGAUGUCGAUGGUGGACUUGAAGGAAUGGAUUUUGAUAAGAUCAAUGUUGAACCUGUUACUACAUUUGAUCUUGAUUCUGAUUCAGUCACACAGUCGUAUUAUGACAAUGAAAACAAUAAAGGAUUUGUUGAUAAAUUACUCAAUCUUGUCUUCAGUACAACAGCCUCUACAAUCAAAACUGAUGGUGAUAGUGACAAGCCCACCCUCAAAUCCAUUGACGAAAUAAACACACCAAAGGAUGAUAACGCAUUUACAACAAACGUGACAAACACUGUGGCAGAAACAGUGAAAACCCUUAUAAAUGUUGAUAUUGAUGACUUUACGAUUCCCUCGUGGCUAACGGAUCCAGUGACUAAGCCAAGCAAUCUGGCUAUUUAUAAGGAUACUGAAGGUAUAGGUGUCACUAAUGGUACUAUUAAUGUGGAACAUGAAACUGUGAGAAAUCUCACUGAUUGUAUCAUGCCACAAUCUGUCACCUUCAGCCAGGCUGCAUACUUCUACCUGGUCCCCGUUAUAGUGUUCAUAGCAUUGAUACUGAAUGGAUUAGCAUUUAGAGUUUUCCGGAAUAAUGACUUCAGUUCUCACGGGCAUACAAUAUACUACACUGCGCUGUCUAUUGUUGAUACAUUGUUCCUAUUUGGGAACCUCUUGGGGCCCUGGUUAGGGGUGCUGCUGGAACGUAUGGAUCACCAGAGUGGAAAUAUCUAUCACCAAAGCUCAGCCAUGUGUAAGGGAAUGGCUUAUUUCAUCAAUGUGACGCUAUUCCUGUCUUCCUCCUUAAUGGUGUCUAUGACUAUUGACCGUUAUAUUCUUGUGGGUUACCCAUUUCGACAUAAACGUUAUUGUAACAUACGGUCUACUCAAAGAGUCACUGUGUAUCUCACCUGUGUCUCUAUUCUCCUCAACUGUUAUAUCCUGUUCGUAUGGGAUAGCACUGAGAUCUCUGAAGUAAGCGGGAAGAUUUGUGCUCCGAAGACGCCAUCUUUAGUUGCCACAGUGAUGACAUUAACUGUGAACUUGAUAGUGUUAUUUGUUGUACCAAUCAUUGGAAUUAUCUACAUGAAUCUUUCUAUAGGAAAAAAUCUUCCACUGUUGAAGAAAAAUGCAACAAAGUUGCGGGCCAUCUGCAAGGCAGUGUUAGAAACAAAGCUAACAAAGACCACGCUAAUGUUAACUGGCUUUUAUGGUAUUUUAACUGCUCCAUAUUUGAUAGCAUGGGCCAUAUUGUUCAUUCAGUUGUUCCUUGAAGAUACAAAUGUUUGUCAUUUCAAGGGUUCAAUUGCUAUGCGAGAUAUGGUAGAGGUUUUGUUUCUCUUAAAUUUUGCUUUCAAAUUCCUGGUUUGUUUCCUCAGUGGAAGAGGCAUGCGAGGUAUGAUUCUAAAAAAAGUUACAUGGGAGCAUUUAUUGUUGUCUUUUUUCUCAUGUGGGUCUGGUAAUUCAGGUUCAUCCGCAUCAUCUGUUGAUUCAACCACAAGCUCAUGUCCUUCAUCUUCAUCAUCAAGUGAUAAAACAAUCAUGUCAACCAUCUCUUCAAAUCUAUAUGGCCCUGAUGAUGUCAGAAUGUCCAUGACAUCACUGUGUUCAACACGCCCCGCCAAAGAUCCUGGCUACAUGACAACACCAUGUAAGGAGAAUCCCGCCUUUGAAGCAGAUGACCCUAGACACCGAACCAACAAGUCAAAUAAAUCUAGAUAUAGCAAGAAUGGAACUAGACGGAGUCAGCAGAGUACAGUGAGCAAUGUUUGUGACACAUUCAGUCCAGCAUACUUGGAUAAUGAUGGCCGAUACCACAUUGAUCAUGAUGAUACAUACACUGAUUGUGACUUUAGAAGUGAGCUAGAAUCUUCACUGAGAGGCAUGGAUGGGAAGCUUAAGAAAGAACUGAAGAAAGGGACAUAUUGCCGUCAAGAUAUCGAAGAAGAUAUUGCUGAGGAACCUGCAAGAGAGGACCAUGAUCCAUCCACAAGACGUGCACAUAAUGACCUGAGGAAAGCCACAGGGGGAAGACAUCCUGAGGAUGUAUACAAAGAUAUCAAUAAAUCAUUAAAGGAUCAAGUAGAUAAGCGACUUGGAAGAGAUGAGCAAAGCCCAAGGUACUCCAGAAGAGAGCCCCAUGGAGACUAUGAUGAAAGCCCAAGAAGAUACAGAUCAAAAGACCAUGGUCAAAAAUCAAAACAACAACUGAGUGAAAGAUCAAGAGAACGCGAAAGACAAAAAUUAAGAGAGCAGCAAUGGGAAAAGUCAAGAGACCAUCAGGGUCAUCGGUCAAGUAGAGCAUCUGAAAAUUCAAAUGGAACAUGUGUUGAUAGCCCUGGAUACGAAACCAAGCAGCUGCAAGUCAGGAAACAGCAAUAUGGAGGCAACUCUCAGAAAUCGCCAGAGAAAUCACCGAGAGGCAGAAAGCAAGAAAAGCAUCGGUUUGAUGAUGAAUCUCCAAAAUGGCAGUCUCCGAGAAAUUUCCAAAGCAAACCACGAUGUAACCUCAACAGAGCUGAUGGGACUAGAGGAAUAGAAGAAGACAUUGAAGAGGAAACUGACUUCCAUACCAAGUCACAUGUGCCAAAACUCAAAUCCCGUCACAACAGAGACAAGUCUCUACAGGAGGAGAUAGAACUUUCACUGUUGAAAAUGAACAAUAGGAAAAGUCAACAUUACACAGGUAAUGAAGAUCCAGAAAGUUCUCUACGAGCAAUGAAAAGGCAGCAGAGGCAAAAUAUAACACAGGAUGGACCACAUAAAGGUCAUACUAGUGGGAGUGAAUCAAAUGCAGAAAGACAAAGACAGAUUUUGAGAAAUAAAUAUGAGGACAACCCAUUUGAAAAUGUUCCUCCAACAUUGAAAAAUAAACCAAGGGGGGCUACAAAUAGAGACAUGUUGUAUUGAGGUGGCCAGAGAGGAACAACUUUGAAUCAAAGCACAUCAGACUCCAAUAUGAUUCAUAAUUUUUUGGGGUCAAGACUGAAGUCAGAACUGAACCAGACAUCUUGGAACAAACAUACCAAAAUUUGGGUGUGUUUAAGAUCUGAAUGCAUGGAUGUCAAGAAUGAUCAUCCCCUUAAAAGUAAUGAAAUGUUGAUGGGAAAUAAACUUUUUUUUAAUUGUCAUCACAUUUGGUGAGUAUAGUCAUCAUGCAAUCACAUUGAAAGUCUAAAAAUACUAGUAAGUAUUUUAUGAUGACAUUAUUUAACAUCCUUAAGUUGUUAAAGGUUCAGGUAGGUUAUCGCGAGCAAUUUCAGAUGGUUAUAUCUUGGAUUGUGACUAUUUUUCUGACCAUGAAGACAGGUAUAUCUUUUAGAUUCCUUCAUUAUCUCAAAGAAAAUUAUGUCCAGUCAUAAUUAAGUCAAUCAGACAUGGAG